CGUUUUGGCCAAAGGCGGCCUUUUGGGUAUUUUUGAAUUUGCGAGCUAGCUGCUAGCACACGGCUAGGGUCGACAACAUUUGUAAACUUUGUUAAAGGCCAUGGCCUCUUAUUAUAGUAUUUUACAGGACACGAACCGACGGUUGGAAUCUCCUGCAAAGGUGUUUGCUAAGCUCAAAGCUAAAGUGCAGAGAGAUUUGAUGAGCGCGAAGAAGGACGUUUCCCCCGACGACGAUGCGCUGCGUAACGUUAGAGAGGAGUAUGGAGCAGACUGUAACUCGCCCAGGACGAGAAGCGGGGGCAUCUGGAUGGUUAAUACUUCCACAGAAAACCACAGGUUUGACUCUCAUCUCGUUGAAGUGCAGCCUGUGACGCUGUCGCCUAUGGCAAGUCCUCAGAAAUCCUUCGGACACUCAUUUGUAGUCACUGGUAACAAACGCGUGGACAAUAUGCGCCCUGCGAUAGAAUGUGGGGACACUUUUAUAUCAAGACUGAGAAACGGUCCUCUCCUCGAGUCGACAGCAAUGUGCGUCCCCGUGUCAUCAGUUAACAGAGAGCAGAACGUCUCACAACCAACUGAGAUCAGAGACUCUGAUGGUUGCAAAAUUACCAGGACACCAAUGAAAAUACCACCAGCGCUAAACGAUCGUGCGAGGAACGUGUUCGCGAUUGAAUCCGCUGUUCAAAGCCUACACAUGUCUCCGGCUAAGCUGUAUUCCCCAAUGAAGGACAGGUUGAGGAAGAGAAAGGCAGAUCAGGGCUUCAACAGAGUAAGCAGCAGUACAAAGGAGGUCAAUGCUGAAGUAGAAAGUCAGACACGACGGUGUAUGAGGUCCCCUGUCCUCAGCGAUGAGGAUACUGUCCAGAGCACGGGCCCGGAGAAGGUGGGAGGUGUCAGAGGAUGCCCCACUGACCUCCUGUCCUCUCCAAGAGUCAUCCUUGAAAAACGUUGCGCUAAUCCAAUGAUGUCUCCAGCCAAAGUUUUUCAGUAUAUGAAGGAGCGGGAAAAUAAACGGAUGCAGCAGGACGUUCAUAAAGUAACCAGCAGCAAAAAGGAACUUUUUUAUGGGGAUCAGAGAAGGAGCGAGAUGUGUCACUCACAAGUUUCAGAACUGGUGAUUCCCCUGAAACGCUGCAGAGUCGAAACAGCUGACAGCUCAUCACAGCCCUCGGAGGACGACGCGGCCCCUGAUGUGCAGGUCGCACCCGUUUUGCUGGACGACCCACUUCUGCUUGAUUCACCUUGCAUCUCCAUCCCCAGGAAGCGCCAGGCUGUGGUGAAGCCCAAAAAAGUGCCCCUGUUUGAAAAAACCCCAAAUGAGAGUGUUAUAUAUCUGAAACACUGGUUCCUGAGGAAAAACCCAAUGGGUCUGUUUGUUGAUGGAAUCCACAGGGAGGAGAAUAUACAAUGGAACAGCAACAUCAUUAUAAAGAGGUUGUCAGAGUCUGCGGUGGAGACCAAGUCUGGCAGAGUUUACUUCUUAGUUGGCAAGAUGAAGAUGGAUAUUGACUCUGGGUUCCCCAGGUGGUUUUUAAAGGAAUUUGUUAAUGGAUUUCCUCCAAACUGGAAAGCACUUUAUCAGAAGUUUCUGUCAGAGUCAAGGGACAGAGAGACCAAGAAGAACAGUGAGGGAAGAAACAGCAUAGUCAAAGCAGCCUCCCUCAGCGUGUCUCUACAGAGAAAUAGGCAAGGCCCUUGUAAGACACCUUCAUGUCCUCCACCCUCUGCGAUAAAAGUGUCUCGAAGUGGACGGACGAUCAAGCCACCUUUGGAGUACUGGAAAGGAGGGAGAGUCAUUCUGGAUGCACACAUGAAUGUUACCAUUCAUGAAUGUUAUAACACCUCCAUCUGCGUUCCUGAAGUCACCACCACAGUGUCUGCCAGUAAGUCACAUAAGCUACCCUGCACUGAAGGCCGCACACAGUGUAAGUCAGCCAGUGAAGAAGAGGCAUCAGCACCACUUAGAAAGGUCAAGGCUUCACGCCGCAAACGCAACCAAGCCAAUGCAGACAUUGAAGAAAGUGCACCUGAACCUUUUCUUCAAAAGCCACGAGAGUCUGAAAAGUCUUCAAAACGCAGGUCAAAUAAACCAGAGCUUGACACCAACAGGGGUUCAGUGAGAGAAAGAAAACAGAGAGUCACCUCGCCCCCCGAGUCUAUCACUAGUAAGGAUAAAAUAAUUCAAGAUCAAUCAUCAGAUGAGGAAUUAACAAUAAAGAGGAAUAUACAACAGAAAGGACAGAACAGAUGGAGAAGGGUUCAACAGAACCACAUGCUCCUGUCCAGCGAGUCAUCAGAGGUUUCUGACGUGAGUGCAAAGAAAAAACAGAAGAAAACCAGAUUAACAAAAACUAGUGGUGCUGCACAAACACAGAAUAGAUGCAGGAAAAGGUCACCUCCCACCAGGCCUUUACUCAAAUCAACACAAUCCAGCAGGAAGGUCAAGGCAAAUAAAGGCAAUACGAUUGAGACCCUACAUCCUGUGGAGCAUUCUUUCAAUACAAGAUCCAGGCAAACGUGUCCAGCUACUGAACGAAUGUUUCAUUUGAACCCUGUUCUUCUAAAUCAACAAGAGUCUGAAACGGCUUCGACAUGCAGGUCAAAUAAACCAGAGCAUGACACCAACAGGCGUUCACUGAGGGAAAGAAAACAGACUGUCACCUCGUCCCCCGAGUCUCUCACCAGUAAUGAUGACACAAUUCAAGAACAAUCAUCAGAUGAGGAAUUAAGUGUAAAGAGAAAUAUUCAACCGAAAGGACAGAACAGACAGAGAAAGGGGAGGCUUCAGCAGAACCACAUGCUCCUGUCCAGCGAUUCAUCAGAGGUUUCUGACGCGAGUGCGAAGAAAACCAGAUUAAGAAAAACCAGUGGCGCUGCACAAACACACAAGAGUUGCAGCAAAAAGUCACCAGCCACAAAACCUUUACUCAAAUCAACACAGUCCAGCAAGAAAGACAAGGCAAAUAAAGGCCAUACUGCCGCUUCACGAGGGCAAGAUGAAGACGAGUGGACAGAGGCAGAGCUUGUAAAGCUUAAUGAGGCUGUGUCUUACUACCCCAAGCACAUGACAGGUUACUGGGAAAAAGUGGCAGCGAUGGUGGGAACACGCUCUGCAGCGGAGUGUCAUCACCAGCACACAUAUCAAGGAACAUCACAGACUCCCGCUAAAAAAGCCAGGAAACCUAGAAAGGAAAAGGCAGAAGCACCAAAACAUCCAGCUACAGAUCAACCUGCGAUAUCUGCCCGAGCUGGAACCUUAAAGAGGAAGCAGCAGGUGCGUCAGUUCCUGGAGGCCAUGCCCAAAGAGGAUGUUGAUGACGUUUUCACCUCUGCGUACAUGCAGAACAAACGUUUUGAGAUGCCCUCGAUGUGUCCAAGUGAUGACUACGACUUUGCAAUGUCCGACCUUGAGCCUCAGACCCCUGUGGCCAAGUUAAUCCCUGAUGUGAAGACUCCUCAGUGUCUGCACAUUACUCCGGGCAUGAUGGGCUCUCCAAACAGUAACAACGAUGACAAGUAUGUCUAUCAUCUACAGAAGAGGAUGAAAAAAAAUCAGUUCAAUGUUUGCAAACGGGCUCAGCCUUUAAAGCGCUUUACACCCACGCCCACAGUUAAACGAACUAUGAAAAGAUGUAGUAACACAGAAAACAGCUUUGUUGUUUGGGAGAUGUUCCCAGGAAACGAAGGCCCUCUGUCUGAAAGUGAGGAGGAUUUCUACUUCUCAGAAAACGACUGAUUGUCGUAGGAGAGGAAAUUUUAUAUCAUAUGAAAAAAAGUAAAAUUAUUCACGGGGAUUUUUAUUAACUGAAACAAAUGGAAUUGUCUUUGUAACAGCUGCAGUUGUCCUAUGUGGUAUAAACACUUUGGGAUUGAAAAUAUAUGCUGAAUAUUGAAUAAUUGUUCAACAAGACAUGACACUGACCUGUUUCUUUGUCUUACAGUGUUCCAAUUGUAAAUAUAUAUAUAUAUUUUUAAACAUUUCCCAGUCAGAUGUUGCAACUAUUUUAAAUAAACGUUUUUUUCUGUA